AUGCUCAGAUCAAGUGCUUUUCGCUACAACAUAAAGUCCCGCGCGGCCUGUCGCCGGCAGCUCCACCAAGCCUCGCCAAGCUCCAGACGCUCACACAGAGGCACAACUCGUGUCGUCGCUACCAUCGUUGUUUGCGCAGGUACAUACGCUCUAACGUCUUCUGGCCAAGUCCUCUAUGCAGAUAGUCCUGGAGAGUCAGAACCCGAAAGCUGGUUCUCAUGGCCAGUCCUCAUCAAGAAACCGGGCCCUCAAGAUUCAAAGGUGCUCCCUGAACCUAUCAGCACCGGAAACCAUGUCGACCAAUCUCGACCAGGCCAGCAAGCACCGCCCUCUCAAACCAAAGGCCAUAAAGCUUCAGACAUCAGUGAAGCUUUAGAUGACUCUGAUGUAUCAGCAUGGCAUACCAUGGUUGGGAACUUCGCAACGGCCAAGGACAGCAUUGUCAAUUUCGAGAUUUCCAAGCUUGGCGAGAAGAUCGCUGGUACAAUCGUACCGCGUUGGGCCAAAGUCAUGCCUGGAUACAUCUCAAAAUUGCAGAACGAACUGUCUAUGGCUCCUGGCUCUCUAGCCGAAGAAAUCUGGCACGAAGCGAAUGACCCUGAAAUCAAUCCCGAGAUCAUCUGGGACGCACGAGUUCGUGUGUCAGACGAGAUCUGCAAAGAGGAGCGUGAUUUCCUACGGCAAAGAAAGGCACACACGACUGCUGCUCUGGCUAGGUAUCUCGGUGUGCCGGAAGCAGAGAUACAUCCGGCCGACGUACCGACCAUUGCAAUGUGUGGAUCUGGUGGCGGUCUUCGUGCCCUAGUCGCUGGCACUUCCUCAUAUCUCUCUGCACAGGAAGCAGGCCUGUUUGACUGUGUGACAUACACAGCCGGCGUCAGUGGCUCUUGCUGGUUACAAACCUUGUUCUAUUCUUCUGUCGGCCAGCAAAAUCAUGGACGAAUGAUUAACCACCUCAAAAGCCGCCUUGACGUCCAUAUCGCAUACCCACCAGCAGCACUCUCAUUACUGAGCAGUGCACCUACCAGUAAAUAUCUCCUCAGUGGAAUAGUAGAGAAGAUGAAGGGUGUGCCAGAUGCCGCCUUUGGUCUUGUGGAUGUAUAUGGGUUACUUCUCGGUGCUCGGCUGCUAGUUCCUAGAGGCGAGCUAGGUAUCUCAGACUACGAUUUCAAGAUUUCCAACCAACGGCAGCAUACUGACUCAGGUGCUUAUCCGCUCCCCAUCUACACCGCUGUCCGCCAUGAGAUUCCUGAGGUGGUCCAGUCACAAGACCGUGCCAUGAAUCUACAAGACGAGAAUUCGAAGGCAAUCGCUAGAGCAGAAUCAUGGUUUCAAUGGUUCGAGUGGACACCCUACGAGUUCUUUUGUGAGGAACUUGGAGCUGGAAUUCCGACUUGGGCGAUCGGCCGCAGAUUCGACGGCGGUCACAGCGUUUGGAGAGAGAAUGGCCUUGCGUUACCAGAGCUUCGAGUUCCUCUGCUGAUGGGCAUUUGGGGAAGCGCCUUCUGUGCGACGCUGUCUCAUUACUACAAGGAAGUUCGACCCCUCGUUCGCAGUCUUGCUGGGUUUAGCGGCAUCGACCAAUUGAUCGCUGAGAAGGAUGAUGACCUUACUAAAGUUCACCCUUUCGAGCCAGCGUCCAUCCCGAACUUUGCUGCAAACAUGGAGAGUCUUUUGCCUCAGUCAUGUCCGCAAAGUGUUCACAACGUGACAACGUUGCAACUCAUGGAUGCUGGAAUGAGCAAUAACCUCCCUAUUUACCCGCUUCUACGUCCAGGAAGAGACAUCGACGUUUUGAUCGCAUUCGAUGCUUCUGCAGAUGUCAGGAAAGACAACUGGAUCAAGGUAACCGAUGGUUAUGUCAAGCAACGCGGAAUUAAAGGGUGGCCUAUUGGUGCUGGAUGGCCUGGCGAGGAAAUUAGCGAGGAGCAGACUUUGAAGGAACUCGAACAAGCACAGGCUACUACCGAGAAAGAAGCAACUGACAGAAUUGAGCGCGCACAACAUGCAGAAGCUUCCAGCCCUGCCAUGGAAGGUGACAAAAUCCCUGCCAAACCUAGCGAACUGGGAUACUGCACUGUUUGGGUUGGCACGAUCGAGGAGCGUGAGAACGACAUAGAGCCGCCUCUGUCGAAACAGGUUGAAGAGGAUUGGGAGCUCAUGAGGCCAGACGCUGGUAUUGCCGUUAUCUACUUCCCCUUCCUCAAGAACGACAAGGUCCCAGGCGUCGAUCCACAGACAUCCGACUUCAUGAGCACAUGGAACUUUGUCUACACGUCCGAGGAAAUCGACAAAGUCGUGUCGUUGGCUCGAGCAAACUUUGAAGAAGGGAAGGAACAAACCAGACGCACGAUCCGAGCCGUCUGGGAGAGAAAAGAGAAACAUCGUCUAGAGCGCGAGGCGGAAGCAAAGGAGAUCCGAAGGCAGACAAGAAUGAGGAAGGUCAACCGAUCCCAGCAGUACGGUGACCACGGCGACCAAUUCAGUUGA